AAUUAACCAUCUUCAACAUUAUUGAUUCACAAACUCUAGCAACAGAACAAAACAACCAUGGGAGAAGUGGACCCUGCUUUUGUUCAAGAGCAAGAACACAGACCAAAACUCUCCAUCAUCGAAGCCAAAGGAAUUCCCGAAAUUGACCUCUCUCCAAUUCUUCACCAUGCAGUUCCAAAUCCAUCUGAUAUUGAAAACUUGGUGAAGGAGAUUGGAAGUGCAAGCAAGGAGUGGGGUUUCUUUCAAGUCACAAACCAUGGAGUCCCUUUGAGUCUAAGGCAGAGACUUGAGGAAGCUUCUAGAUUGUUCUUUGCUCAGAGUUUGGAGGAGAAGAAGAAGGUUGCUAGAGAUGAGGUCAAUCCUACUGGUUAUUAUGAUACAGAGCAUACCAAAAAUGUUAGAGACUGGAAAGAAGUGUUUGAUUUUCUUUCUCAAGAUCCUACAUUAGUUCCUCGGAGUUCUGAUGAACAUGAUGAUGGUGUUAUUCAAUGGACUAAUCAAUCACCUCAAUAUCCUCCACAAUUCAGGGCUAUACUUGAAGAGUAUAUUCAAGAGGUGGAAAAGCUGGCAUAUAGGUUGCUGGAGCUAAUAGCUCUAAGCUUAGGACUUGAAGCAAAGAGGUUUGAAGAAUUCUUCAAGUAUCAAACUAGCUUUAUUAGAUUCAACCACUAUCCUCCAUGCCCUUACCCUCACCUAGCACUUGGAGUUGGACGACACAAGGAUGCUGGUGCCUUAACUAUUCUUGCCCAAGAUGAGGUUGGAGGACUUGAAGUGAAGCGUAAAUCAGACCAACAAUGGGUUCUUGUGAAACCUACCCCAGAUGCUUACAUUAUCAAUGUUGGUGAUAUCAUUCAGGUUUGGAGCAAUGAUGCUUAUGAAAGUGUGGAACACAGAGUGAUGGUUAACUCUGAGAAAGAAAGGUUUUCAAUCCCCUUCUUUUUCUUCCCUGCACACGACACUGUAGUCAAACCUCUCGAGGAGCUGACAAAUGAGGAAAACCCUCCAAAAUACAGACCAUACAAUUGGGGAAAGUUUCUUGUCAACAGAAAGAGUAGCAAUUUCGAGAAGAAAAAGGUGGAGAACAUUCAAAUUUAUCAUUAUAAGAUAGCUUAAAUAAAGAUAGUGUAAUUCAAGUUUCACAUAGCUUGUGUAUGGAAAUAAAUUGAAUAAUAUGUUGCAGCACAUUGAUCCAAACAGUGUUUCAUAUGCGUGACUACAAAUGAAACUUACUAGUGUGUAUGUGGAAUAAUUAUGUAUGCAACUAUAUCCCC